AUGGUCCAGCCUGGAACCUUAAAAGAGGCAGCUCAUUACCGGGGGGACUCUUUUGGGAUCUGGACAGAAGAUAAAAAAGGAGUGUGGGGGACAUUAGGAGAAAGUGAAAGCAUCCUCAAAGUUAGAGGCAUGUCUUCCCUGUGUCACUACAGUAGUCUCCUCCUUAUACUGAGAGACAACAGGAGACAGGUUCACUCCCAGCCUGCCCCCCUCUCCCUCCCCCUGCACCUGUCCCUGAGCACCCCCUCUUGGCAGUACUUACCCCUGGUGCAGUCAGAUUUGGGGCAGGUUUUCUCAAACUCGAGCCCCUUCUCGUCCUCUCACAGCCUGCUCCUGAUGCCCCCCUCAGCCAGGGCUCCACCUCCAGAGCUGCACGCUUCCUUUGGCCCAUACUCUGUCACUCAGAAAGAGGAGGACGAGCAAGGCCAAGACCAGUUCAGAGUCCGGGUCCUGUUCCACCAGAGUCCAGGCUCCAGUGGGACCUGUGUCAGUCUGCACGCCUUCAGAGAGACAGAGGAGAGAAAGGCCUCAUGUGUUACACAGCCGCCUUUGGGUUUUUGUGUAGUCACGCUGACACUGCCCAGUGAUUGGUUCAAGGAUCGAGAGGGUGAUCAAUCAGAUGACAGAACAGCAGAGCUGCAGAGUCGUGCCUCUUCUUAUCGCCGACUAAAAAACAGAACAAGACAGAGGCGUGGACACGAGGGCAGACUGAGACACCGACCUUUACAAACACUGAGACUUGAUGAUGAAAGUGAAGAAGAUGACUUUCAAAAUCCAGAGGGACUAAGAUUUCAACAUCCACCAAAAAACCAGGUCCAGCUUUACUACUCCACUGUGGAAAGCCCCCAUCUCAAGUUCUCCUCUAGCACCCUUAACUGUGAGGAGGACCAGCAGCUGCAGUCCCAGAGGCAGCUGUUUUUUCUCAAAUCGGUCAUUCUAAAGGAAAAAGCAGACCAAGGACCAGACCAGACCAAAGAGGAGCGCUCCUGUCUGAAUGGUCUACGGGAGGAGGAGCUUAACUUGGACUCCCACGUUGUGAUUGGCUACCACAGAGGGCCGGCGUUGAUUGGACAGCCAAUCAGAGUGUCCGUGAAUCUGCGAGCAAACUUCAGCCAGGAGUUUGUCAUCAUCAGGAUGAAGGUACCAAAGGGCCUGGUGUCUCUCAUGGCUCAACGCACUUUGACCUCCGACCUCUGGGCCGUGACUCUGGAGAAGACUCAGGGACCAGACCAUGAUGUCAUCUCCAUCCUCUGCCACAAACAAAGCCCAGCCAAACACAAGACAGAUUCCAUGUCACUCCAGCAGGUGGUGUGCUUUUCUGUGGAUGGGCUGAGAAGGAGUUUUGGUGUUGCAAUGUCUGUUACUGCGCAGUGGUGGGUGGAAUACUCUGGGCACUCCCUACCUCCACCACACGGGGCAGGAGAGAGCGUGUUCACUUUCACUGAUCGACCAAUCAUCGGCAUCGCUCCCAUCACCGAGAGUAAGAACAUCCUGAACACAGCCAUCUUGACUAGCCUCCCUGUGUCUCAGCCCAUCAUCGUUUUGGCCGUGAGCCGAAGUGGAAAAGUGUCUGACAUCACCUCUGCAGUCUCCUGUCACUCAGAAAACAACAACAUUAUCAAGGUCUCCUCUGACUGCUCCUCUGUGUUUGUCGACGGCAGUGAGUCUGGAGAGGGCCACACAUGUGCACAGGUGCAAUUCUCCCUGGGCACACUCAGGGGCACCCUCUGUCUGCAGGUGUGGGCACCCUCUGUGCCCCUGCAAGUCUCCCUGGCAGACCCUGUGCUCAACUCCAUCCAGGGCUGGGACUACUACACUGACAAAGGCUGUGAACCAGUCUACCAGCGCACAUCAGUCCAGGUUCUGACCCAGUUUCAGGCUCUGGACUCUCAAGGCAAAACCAAACACUUUCUGAGCUCUUCUGAUUGGUUGGUGGACGUUACAGAUCUCGUCCGUGAUUGGCUGAGAAGUGAAGACCCUCGAGUUGCAUCAUUAGGCAAAGGAAACAGCGUAAUUGGACAUCAUCCUGGAAAAACUACAAUAUAUGUGGUGUCGGCACAGUGGGAUGGGACUCUGGGUGGCUGUGACCUCAUGGUGACCCCUGACCUCGUUGCCCCCGGUGACCUCUCGGUGCAGGUCGUGAGUGGACUCGGGAUGACGCUUAGCUCCAGCCAAUCACAUCCAGCCAUUGUCACGGCAACAAUCACCCCUUACAACAUCUUCUACAACUAUCACCAGGAGGCUUCUAUCAGCGUGUGGCUCCAGUUUGAUGAUGACUCCUCCGCCCUCCUCUCCUCCUUCAGUGACGUUCCCUCUUUCCUCCGCCUCUCUUCUCUCGCUGAUUCUGUCAUCAUAGUCUCCCCAGGCUCCAGACAACGCAUUUUCGCCACAGGGGACGGGGGCGGGCCGCUUUUACGCACCGAGCUAAUGGUUGCCACUUGCCAAAAUCGCCCGCUAACUUCAAAUCUGCUCACCGAAGACGACCAGGAAAAUUCAGGAGGUUUGAGGAGACUUGCAGGAGGUUCUGGAUGGAUUCGUGUCAAUUUGGAUAUGGACUAUCCCCCAACAUUUAACCCAGAAGAAUUUGAGUUUGAAUUUGGCGAUACUUUAGACGGCAACCUGUACACAGCUAAUCUUGAGGAAGAAAAGAAAGAAUUUGUAAGAAAAUACAAUCCAAAAUCAAGUAGCAGUGACAUAAUUCAAAGUAAUAAUUUAGAAAAGGCUAUUCUAAUGCCCAGCCAGGAAGAGGGAAUGGUCUUUUUUGCACCAAGUCAAGAGAAAGAGCAUUGGGAAGCUGAAAUAGAAGGAGAAUUUGAUUUGGAAGUUGGGUUAGGAGCAGUGUUGUCUCUAAUUUGCCUGUUUACGAUUUUGUUUUUGGCAAAUUGUCUACCCUGUGCGUUGAGAGAUAAAAGGAAGAAGAAGGACAUAAAUGCAGAGGAAUGCACAGAAAUCCAUGGAGAACCCACAAAAGAUGACAAUGAACCAAAAAACUGUGAACAUUUUGAGGAAAAUGGGAAAAGUUAUGUUGAAAAAGACAUUAAAGUUGAACAAGGGACAAUAGUGGAAUAUGCAAAAGAAGUGGAGAUUGUAUGUUGAUGUAUAGUAGUAAUAUAUAUUAUAAGAGACGCUACCUGUUUUUUACUGUCUUAAAAAUGUGAAAAAAUGACAAAUUAAUUUUUAAUAGUUUGCAGUUGUCCAAAGUAAUUUGUCGCUUACCCAGUUCAUAAGGAUCAUCCUAAUUAUUCAUUGUGAUGGGUUUAUAAGCACUUUUCACAACUUUCAGAGACCAGAGCAGAGUUCUGCCAUUUCUUGUAAAGCUAACAACUAUCACCUGUACUUCCUGAUUAUAAACAGGAAAGAUUUUUACCUCAAGAGCUCAGCUCAGAUACAUGGGGGAAAAAUUGGAUGCAGGGCCUUUAAUGAGGCCUAGUCCUUGACUCUUAAGUUAAAGGUGACAGUAGCUCAAAGUGUACUGUCCCAAAGUUGGGGACUCCCAACUCUGACCAUUGUUGUGUUCUUUGGCAAGACACUUUUCCCACCAUAGUGACUGCGUCCACUGGGAGGGAUAAAUGAUUACUUGAUUGUAUAGAGGUUUGAUUGGAAGGGCUAUGGCCCCUAGCUUAGAACCAUUUUAUUUAAAAAAUGCAACUAUAGUUCGUGUUUCCUUCUGAGCAGAAGGAAACUGAUCGCUGUGCGGGGGUCUAAACUGAAAGACUAAAUGUAUUAGUCAGCUGUCUCCCUAUUUUUUCAGUCACAGUUUUAUCUUAAUUAUGGGCCUGUGGUUCUAUUCUUGUAGCCUAUUUAUUUAUUUGAAUUUAUUUUAUACGUUGUAUUUUAUUAUCUCAAUUGUUUUAAUCUGGCUUCAGAAAGUGGAUUUAGUGUGACUGUAAAUGAAUUAAGCGCGCCCUCUUGUGGCGACCAACAACAAACGAAUGUCUCUCUACUGUUAUAUCCGAACGAUUCUUAUGCGUUUUCUGAGCUAAAACGAUUCCUGUUCUCAUCCUGUUUUGUUCAAGUUUUACUUUUUACCAAAAUAAGAUCAGAUUUAGUACUUACCCAU